GCCGGCUCGCGCGACCUGGAGCAGUUCGCGCGCGCCACGACGUCGUCCGGCGGAAGCUGCAUCGUCCCAAUAGAGAGGAGAGAGCGCCCGGCCACGGAAAAUUGCCGAGUGCCGAACUGCUACCGCUUCGCCCAAUCCAAUGGAUGCCAGACCGCGCACGCCGCCAUUUUGAUGUUCGGUCUCACGUCAAGCGCUUGGUCUUCGACAACGCGUUUACCAACUCGAAAGUUGACCGCCUCUAGUUUACCUUGGUUCAAAGGCUCAGCAGUUCGCGUGAAUCUCGACGCCCUACAACCCGCUAGUGACUAGACUCCGGAUUUUUUGAAGCGCGCGGGCUCCUUCCUGCAUGAGUCUCGCUGACAAGUGACAGGUGAAUCGAUCGUGCUCCGACCCACAACCCCGUCUACCACUGUGCGAGCGACGAGCGUUCUCGACUCACUCGGUUCCUCGCUACUCGCAGUUUUCUCCCCCACCCCCCUCAACGUACUCUACCUUCGUUUUCGGAACCGCGCGGGCCCGGAAAACAUCCGAAAACUUGCCGCCUCGCCUCUACUCUAACUGAAUUCCGGAUCCAAAAACUCUAGGUGACUCGAUGUCGGCGGCCCUUAACCUCCAGUCGACCCCGUGUCACAGUCCGCACUCAGCGGUCUCGUCACCACCUAAAUGCGACCCCAUGCGCCACCCCGGCCUGUAAUCCCGCCGAGUGACCUGCAAGUCCCACCCUGGCCUGGGAACAUGGCCAAGUUCCUCAACAAGGACCCCGUCACCUACGAGCGCGAGCGAGAAAGCUUCCUCAAGGAUCUCCACCAUUUCCACGAAACCCGAGGAACUGCUUUCAAGAAAUAUCCCAAAAUUAGUGGAAAGGAAGUUGAUCUCUACUUACUAUACGUGCUAGUUACUGCUCAUGGAGGAUGGAUAAAGGUGAAUUCGAAAAAUGAGUGGUCAUCCCUAUGUGAGCAGUUUCAUUUACCAAAUGGCUGCGUCAACAGCGGGGUUGGUCUCAAACAAAUCUAUCUUCGGUACUUGGAUAGGUACGAAAAAGUACACUUCUUAGGUGAGGAUGGCCAACAAGCGGAUGAUGAUGAUGAGGAUUCGAGGCACCGAAAAUGGUCCGCCAGAUCGCUGCAUUCUGUUCCUCUAACAUACAACCACCAUCAACAUAAUGUGAAUGAGUCUCUGAGGGAUUACAAUGGACUAUCGGCAGAUUUGUACAAACCGUCGAAUUAUGAUAAGCUGGCCCUGUCCCUCUUGUCGCCACUACCGAAUGAGCAGGAUUUUGCAAUCAACGUGUGCACUUUGCUCUCAAAUGAGGGAAAGCACACUUUGCGGCUCGAUAAGUAUCCCCGACUUGUAAAUAUUCUCUUGGCACAUGCCGGUGUUUUCGAUUGUUCCGGUACACGCCAAUUAUUCAUUGAUGUAUACUCGCGAGUAAGAAAUUACUCGAUAAAUUCUUUCUGGUCGGAUGUACUCGAUGCUCAGGAUGUAAUUGACCUCACCGAUGAGAGGAUCUUUUUGAAGAAACUCUCACCUACGCCGAAAACCUUUUCCAGGCGAAAAAAUCUGGAGAAAGACAAAACGAACAAAAAACAACCAGCACAAAAUUCUGAAGAUGCCGCACCUCCUAUGGAAAUUGAUGCGGAGCUUCCAGACUGCAUUCGACUGGAUUCAGCCGGACAGCCGGAAGAAACCUUGAGGGAUCUAAACCAAAAUUCGAUCAAAUUCGAGGAAGAAGACCAGGAGCUCUUCUGUGUUGGACGAACUCUUGGCACGCAAGAUCCUUAUGGACAACGUGUACUUCAGAUAGCAUCAAUCCUACGAAACUUAAGCUUCACACCGGAGAAUGCUGCCGUGCUUGGAAGGAAUAGAUGCUUUUUACGAUUUGUACUGCUCUGCGUGAGAUCGAGGUGGAGUAAUCUUCAUCAACUCGGCUUCGAUGCCCUCGGCAACAUUGCCAAUGAGAUCAUUCUCACCGAGGCUGGACAUAGAAUAACCGACGUUGUUAUUUCUUGUGUGGCGAAAGGCAUUGCCUCCCAAGACAGAUUCAUCGUGAUUGCCUGUCUCGAAAUCCUUAACAAAAUUAGCCAGCAGGACUCCAAUGAAGAAAAAUUAACCUUGGGUCUCAACGACGGCGUUUAUGAACUUAUUUGCAGGUUUUUGGCGCUGAGCGACAUAGCAUUGUUGGUGUACACCCUGGAGUGUCUUUAUGCGUUAACUUCCUUGGGUGAGAGACCUUGCACGAGCGUCGCGCGGGUUCGCGGGGCUAUAGAUACUCUGGUGGCAUUGGUGACGGUGGAGGCGCAAAGUUAUGGUCCAAAGGCGUGCAUCCUGAUGAGGGUCGUCGAAACAGUAUCAACAAUAUCAACACCCGCGCCUCCAGCCUCUGGACAAAGCACCGCACCGACACCCCCUGCUGCCACGCCUGUAUCUACACCCGCCGCCGCUACCGUUCCGCCACCUCCGGCUCCCGCAAUGUUAACCCCAACUACAUCCCCCAACCCCGCGCCACCACUCAGUCCAGCACCGCCGAGACCAUUAACGCCUGGCGCGACUCCUGUCAAAACAAUGACGCACAAAGUAGUUGAAACUACAAAUUCAGUUCAACAACAACACGCGCAUCAACAAAUUAUUCAAGAGAACGAACAAUUCGCCCUUGGUUGGUUGAAGACGUCAUUCGAACUCGCCCCUGGCACACGUAUCGAGCAAGAGGAAUUUUAUAAGAAAUACCUUGGCUGCUGCACAAAAAGUGGAAGAAGGGGAGUCAUCGCUCCUUUGCAUUUUCCCAGAUGUGUUAGGUCGGUUUUUGGUAUAACCGUGGGACCGAAUCCGUUGAUGGGUGAGACAACUGGGACGCAAUACUACGAGGGCAUUCGAAUUCGAGCGACGCCGGCGGCAGUGACGUACUCCAGUCAGAUGGUCAUUGGAACAAACACAACGUCUAUCUCCAUCGCCAGUAAUACAACUCCCGCUAAGGUGCUUCCCGUUCAACAGCGUACAGUCACGGCUAUAAAUCCCACCCCUGAUAGCACAGCCCCUGAGAAUCCCGGAGCACAAAGGACCCCUGCCCCAGCUUCCCCCAUCCUCAAAGCCCAACUUUCCGCACCACCAAAGCCUCCCACCCCGAAUCAAGCCCAGAAUCCGGUCACAAAGAUUGACUCAAAAAGUCAGGUGUCAGUGUCGCACCCCCAUUUGAGCCAAGCACUUCUGACCAGUGGAUCUCAAAUGCAACAACCUCAACAGCCUCUUCAGCAUCAGCAGCAGCAGCAGCCAUUGCCGCAACUGCAGUCGCAGCAACAGAUUCAGAUUCAGACGCUGAUUCAAUCUCAACCUCAGCAGAUGCAGGUAGUGGUGAGGGACGAUUCGAGAAGCAGUACCACUUCCAGUUCCAUAAUUAAAAGCCUCCUGGCUACCAAGGUAACGGUCAGCAGCGAAUGCAUGUCCAGUGCCGCUGCGACUUGUGUGUCUACCCCUUCUGCCUGCGUAACAAACACCACUAGCAUCGCAUCCGGCAUCAGUGCCAACCAGCCAAUAACCAUCAACCAGGUUACUCAGCGUCAGCAACAGCAGAGGUUGCUGCAACAACAAAUGACUGGUGUUAUUCAGCCUGUAUCUCUUGCAGUGACACCAGCAACGACAGUUGCAUCAACAGCCUUACCCAAUAAACCCCUCAUCAACUCAAAACAGAAACCAGCUAUCGUAACGACUCCUGCUAAAAAAAUACAAAGGCUCAACGGAGCCAAAGUUAUCAUGACUAAUAAUUGUGACAAGACUGAAGUAAGCGAUAAUGAAAAUGGGCAAGCGACAAUUCCGCCAAUGAUAGUAAGCGAGAACCACUUGUCUACUGGUGGUAAGGUUUGUAGACCGCCAUCGAUGACUACCACCACGAACAAAAACCAAAGAUCGAUCUGCACUCCGAUUGCCGAAGACUCGGACUCGACGAAUAACUCUCUGGCAUCCAGCAGUGGCAUCGGUGGAAGCAGAGAUUGUUCGGGUGUCGGUGCUGAGGAGGAAAACUCUCUCACCAGCUUCGAAGGUAUUCUUCUCAACGGCGUACCCAGGAAUCUCGACAUCGAUGCCCAUGAAGAUGGCUCCUCCAAGGAUUCAUCGAGUAUCGGAUCCAAAGAAAAGCCACUUCAGACUAUGAUGUUAGCUGAUUUACUUGAAAGGAAGGUCGAAAAGGAGCCUGUUCUAAACGGAGUCUUAGGUAAAAAUUCAAUCAACGAAAAAGGAAUGGAUUUGGUGGAGAACCAUAUAAAGAAUGUACUGAAAGAAUCUCCGACCGAUGUUCUGAAGAUAAAAUCUGAGAUUGAGGAUAGUGUAAUGCAGAGCGAGGUCUCCGAAGACGCUUUCAUCGAGGCUCCCCGUAACAUGAAAAGGCCCGCGAACGAAAUAGAAGAAGUCGACAUAAAAAAGCUUAAAUAUUCAAAUGGCACUACGUCACCCGAUCCCGCGGUUGAUUCCACGACUGUAGAGUCGACGCUCUCUAGCAUCAAGUCCGAGGAUCUUGAUGACGACAAGGACAGUGAAAAGGCCACCGUCUCUUCUACGGCUGCAAAUCUCUAUGCCGCCCUAGCCGCCGACUGUAUAGAGGAUGAGAAUGACCUUGAAGAGCCUGUGCUCAAUAACAAAGAGGAACCGCCUCCAAUAAUAAAAGAAGCUCUGCCACCACAGGUAAUAAAUCAAAUUGAUCAUCAGCAGCCGCACCAGCAGUUGAUUAUGGCUUCUCCGAGGCAGAUUGUAGUUCAGCAAGCAAUCCAACAGCUCCAGACGAACAAUCAAAUGCUUAUUCCAGCCAUGAAAGGAAGACAGGGACAGUCUCAGCCUCAGGUUCUUUUGCAGCAAAGCGCAGGAGGCCAGUUGCAAUACGUCGUUUCAGGCGGUGUUCCUGGACAAAAUUAUGUUCUUGCCCAGCCCCAAACGGCGCUUGUACAAGGCCAGCAUCAGACCGUCCUUGUUGCACAGACGACACAACAACAAGGCACUGGGGCGAAAACUAUCAUCAUUCUGCAACCUCAGGCAGCUACUCAGCCUACGGCGCAGAAGAUGGUUGCCGUUACGCCUCAGGGUCAGCAGGUGGUUGUAACGCAGGUACCGCGGCCGAUUUUGCAGAGUCCUACACUCGGAAAUAUCCCUCCACCUCUGGUUCCUACUUCGUCAGGGAUUCCACAGUCUAUAAUCGUCAACAGUUCUGUAGCGCAAAGUAAUCAGAACACUGUGACGGUGACGCUCCCAGCGUUAACGCAACAAUUGCCAGUGACCUCAAGCGUCCCAUCGCGGGUUGUAACGCCAACACCGGCAUCCACACCACCUCCAACGCGACCCACGACUCCACACCAGGCUGCCGCCACACACAGCAUUGCCGUGAAACAGCCCAUUAAAAUCGUCAAGACCGUCAGUUCUUCGACAUCGACUGAACCCGACUCAAAACCCUCCACCAGCCAACAGCCAGAGCCGAAGACCAUUACUAUCAAGAUUGACCCAAACGCUUUUUUGUGCGAAUGGCGAGGCUGUCUCCGGCAAUUUAAAUCUUCGCAUGACGUUUAUUUGCAUGUGUGCGAGGCUCAUUGUCCAAACGGAGGCGAGGAAAUUCUCUGUUUAUGGUCGAGUUGCGACAAUUUAAAACGAAGGCGGUUUUCUCUUAUGACGCAUUUAUACGACAGACACUGUAACGCAGAUACUAUGUCGAUGAGACGGAAGCAGUUAACGGUUUCUGGAAAAACGGAUGUAUUGACGACGAUUCCCACGACGACGACGGCGACGCCUAUCUCUACAGCUAAUCAUCCCGGAUACGCGCCUAACGCGGCUUUCCACGCCAUCAAAAGGCACGCUCUGGAGUUUGUCAAUCCUAAAGAAUUAAUGCAGCAAAGGCCGGCUAAGCCCGCUGCAGCCAUCACAAGCUCUUCUUCUCCCAGACCUGGGCAAAACCCUUCGCCAGAACAGGAUGACAACGAAGGUCCUGUGACCAAAAGUAUUCGUCUGACGGCAGCUCUUAUUCUCAGAAACCUAGUCAUUUAUUCUGCACAUGGUAGACGACAUUUGAGGGCGUACGAGCCACAUUUGGCGGGUGUAGCGCUUAGUAAUGUGGAGUCAUCCCGGACAAUUGCACAAGUCCUUUAUGACAUGAAUGAUCAAAGCAGCAGUAGUCACAGGUGACCUUUUGAAUCAGGCCUCUGAUCUCUCCAGUUCUAAACGAGCAGCGAUCAAUUCGACGAAUACUAGUGUAAAGUGUUCUAUCUGAGAGGGAUACGAAUUGUGUGUGAUAAACUUUCCACGAAAAACAAAAUCAAGUAAAAACACGCCAGCUAAUCGGACUCUCGAUGAUAUGUAGUUGAUAUAUGUACCUACGUUGAAAGAAAAAGAAAAACAAGAGGCCUACAAACUUAUCAGGCAAAACUUUUCUGCCGAUCUCUAGAGUUAAAAAAAACUUUUAAGGGUGGUGAAAGGUAGGGAAAAAGAGUUAUGGGUGGUAGAGUUCGCAGGACUGAAUGCGAAACAAUAAUCGCAGAACAGUGAUAAAAUUGUGAGGCAAGAUUAACUAUUCAGAUUAAUAUUAAUAUUUAUUUUCUCAAGCGAGCAGCGAAUGUUUUUAGUAAAUGUGUACAAACCAAUUGUGGCGAAGAAGAUACUUUACGGACGUUAUAGUUAAUUGUAAUCAUUAAUACUAUUGUAUCGACUACGUUUCGUUUUCUCUUCUUCCCUUUCUUAUACUUCUUCUUCUUAAGUACUGUUUCUUUUCGUUUUGGUUUCUCGUCGACUUUUCGUUUUUCACAAAGUCACCGAAAAUCUGGAUUCUAAAGGAACUUUUUAUUGAAUGUAUUUGUUAGGAGUCUGUAAUUAUUAUUAUGCUUAUAUAAUUGCACAUUGCAAUUUUAUGGCAAUAUUAUCGUCUCCUCUGCUGUGUUUCAUUUACAUCAUCUUGCGCUCGAUGCGAUAACACUGUUUCAGGUUUCUUCGUGUCGAGGGACUCGCCAAUCCGAAAAUAUUUCUCUAAAGUAAAAUAUCAAUUAACAGUUGACAUUUAUUUUUAUAUAUUUUUUACCUAUAAAAAAAGGUUUAAUUUUUACUCUUUCGAAUUUGAAGGUUGCUACUUUUGAAUGUGGUCGACUCGAAUCUCAAAAAGUUUAAAUUAAAUUUAUGAAUAUUCGAAGACUUCCAAGUUUGAGCUCUCCUGAGAUUUCAGUUGAAACUGUUUUGAAUAUGACACAUGUCAAGUUUUGAAAUGUUCACAAUCAGAAACUCGGGAUAUAAUUCGUCUCUAAAUUCGAAUGCCUUUAAUGCCGGACGUUUUGAAUUUUUUUUAUUGAAAUGUAAUAUUUGAAGAGAAAAUACUCGGAAACUUUUUACGGAAAACCUGAAUUCAGAGAAAUUCGAGAAGGUAAGAGUUUUUAUUUCGAAGACAAGAGUCUCCUUAAUUUCUCGAGACUCUUUUCUUCUGAAAUUCUUUUGUAAAUCGAGAUGCAAAUCGAGUUCUUUCGAAUUCAGUGUUUUCCUCCCAUUUCGCUGCGAAUGGUUUACUUUGUGUUUGUUCUCUUGAUUUUUGUACGCGUAUGAAUAUUUUUGUUGUAAAAAAGAAUCUACGUUUUGCUGCUACAGCAGUUUUAUAUUGUGUACUAUUAGUGAAAGAACACGACUUCAUACAUACGUGUAUGUAUAAAUAAUUAUAUAAAUAUAUUAUAUAUAUUAUACGGAUAAAAAUCAAGCCGACAUCAGAUGAAUAUGCAUAUAUACAUACUUGUAAAUAACGUAAUUCAUUGACUGUGUAAAAUUCUAAAUGUAGGAGCAAGAGCGCCUGUAACGAAUGCCCUUGGGCUGUUUUCUGUAUUAUAGUAGUGAUUUGAUAUAAAAAGAAUGAAAAAUGUAUCGAAAAAGUUUUUUUUUUAUUUGGUAAAUAAUGCCCUACAAAAGGAAAAGAAGAGAAAGUAUAGAAUUCAGAUGAGACGAUCGAACAUCAAUUUAUUCAUUAAAACUUUUUUUUUUAAUCGAAUUUUUAAGAGCGCAAAUAAAUUAUUAAGAAGCUUUAUUAGAUUUACUUAUGUUUUUGUUUCACUUGUCUUGGAAAAUGUUCUUUUCACUCUUUAUAGAUUAAGAAAUUACAAGAACAACAAAUUUUUAUUUUUGUUCGGAAUAGUAAGAAAAUGCAUGAUAUUAAUUAGCAAGCAAAAUUAAUUGUAUAGAAGUCUCCUUGAUAAAAAAUACAGAAGAAUAUAAAGAUAUCGGUAAAUAAUGAAAUAAUUUAAUUUGACAGGAUAAACAAAAAUCAAACACUUGUGGCAAAAAAUGAACAAAAUUACUUUUUUUCAAAUUUGAUUGGGAAAAAGAUGUAAUAAUGCGAAGUACGAAACUUUCUAAUAAUUAUUACAAGAAAUUUUAAUUAAGAAACAAAGCUUUUUCUCUAAACCAAUAAAAGUUAUUUUAUUUCAUUAUGGAUAAAAUUAAUGACUAUCGCGAUUUGAAAGAAAUUACUCGAAUUUUUACGAAAAAGUGUUUUCAAACCAGUGAGAGUACUUCACUGUAAUAGAAUAGUGAAUAUGAAACAAAUAUUUUCAUAAUAAUCAAUCAAAGAAAAUUACACAGAAAUUUUGCCUUCUGAUUUAUUAAGAGAGUUUGCCUUUAAAGCAACUUAUUUGGACAAACUGAUUUGAAAAAAUUGAUCUUCGUACGACUCAUCUGAACCCAAAUUUGGUUCAAUUUCCUAUAAUUUCUGGACAUCCAAGAUUUUUUGUUGGAUAUUGAAAAGAAAGAUGUCUUAUUUCAGAAACAACUCAUUUUUUGUGUAUAAUCAAUGAAAUUUUAUUUUAAUACCUUGAAUCUUACAAGAACGUUUUUAUAUCUUCCUUUACUUGUAAUUAAUAUAAAAAUCGAAUGGAUGCUCAGUUGAUGACAGUGCGAAUGAAGCAGAUUUGGCUUGAUUAGUGCUUGUAAACGACAGAAUAAAACUAUAAGUGUAUCUGAUUUUUUUUACUAUCUUCGAAGUUGAAUGUGAGAAAGAAUUGAAGCACGAAUGUUAGACUAUUGCAACCGAGUGAUCAUCUAAGUACGAUCAUUACCGUAUUGUCAUCAUUUACCAGAUUUGUCAUCUAGAAAUGUUAAUUACGAAGAAAAUUUAAAUAUAAUGAUUAUACAUCUA